AUUAUGCUGCUUGAAGUGCUCCUGGUUCUGGUUUCAGUCAUCAUCUACUUCUUAUUUUCCAAGAAGAAAGAAGAAACAUUACCCUUCAAAGAGGGAUGGUGGGGCAAGGGACAAAAGCCUGAUGCCGAAGAAGAUACAACUAUUCGGCCAUUUAAGGUGGAAACUACAGAAGAAGAGCUGAGUGACUUAUAUAGGAGACUUGACCAGGCUCGAUUCACUGAGCCACUGGAGAACAGUUGCUUCCAUUAUGGGGUUAACUCUGUGUACCUCAAGAAGGUUGUCUCCUACUGGAAAAACCAGUUCAAUUGGAAGAAACAAGUUGAAAUCCUCAACAAGUACCCACAAUUCAAAACUAAGAUUCAAGGCAUUGAUAUCCAUUUUGUUCACGUGAAGCCUCCUCGUCUGCCUGAAGGCCAGUCUGCAAAGCCAUUGUUAAUGGUUCAUGGCUGGCCUGGCUCAUUCUAUGAGUUUUACAAAAUCAUCCCUCUCCUGACGGAUCCUGCAAGCCACGGCCUCAGUGAUGAACACGUUUUUGAAGUCAUUUGCCCGUCUAUCCCUGGUUAUGGUUUCUCAGAAGCACCCCACAAAAAAGGCUUUAAUUCUGUAAGUGCUGCUUCUGUUUUCUAUGAACUGAUGCUCAGACUGGGAUUCAAUGAGUUCUACAUGCAAGGUGGUGACUGUGGCUGGCUCAUCUGCACCAAUCUGGCUCAGAUAGCUCCCAACCAUGUGAGAGGUCUCCACCUAAAUUUCGCCCUAGCUACCAAUAUGGGGUUCAUUCAUCUGCUCUCUAUCCUGCUGGGCCGCUAUGUUCCAGGACUCUUUGGUUUCCAGGAUGAAGAUGUCAGGCGGAUGUUUCCCUUCUUGAAGAAAUACAUCUACAGGAUGUUGGUGGAGACUGGCUAUGCUCACAUACAGGCUACAGUGCCUGAUACUGUUGGCUGUGGUUUGAAUGACUCUCCUGUAGGACUGGCUGCGUACAUCUUGGAGAAGUUUUCUGUAUGGACUGAUCUGGAAUUCCAUAAUUUAGAGGACGGAGGACUAGAGAGGAAGUUUAACCUGGAUGAUCUGCUCACCAAUGUCAUGAUCUACUGGGUGUCAGCCUGUAUGGUCUCCUCCAUGCGUUUCUACAAGGAAAACCUGCAGAAGGGGAUAGGUACACAGAAACAUGAAAGGCUCACAGUACAAGUACCUACUGGCAUUGCCUCCUUCCCUAAUGAAAUCAUGCACACACCCCAGGCUUGGGCCCAGAAGAAAUACACCAACAUAGUUUCCUUCCAUUUCAUGCCUCGAGGUGGCCACUUCGCAGCUUUGGAGGAACCUGGACUUCUUGCUGAAGAUAUUCUGCAAUUUGUUGGGAAAGUAGAGAAAGGGCAACUUUGGAGAAAGAAAGAGUAAUUCCACUAACAAACAGCAGGGUAACUCCUUAUAGCUUAGCACAUCUACAAGCCUUACCAAGUCUACUGUAAUCCAUGUAAUUACAUCUUAUUCUUGAUCAGAUGCGAGAGGACAGCAAGAAA